GGGUGGUAGUAUUGCACAUGCAGCUUUUACAGUGCUGGUAAGCAGUUCAAAUACAAAUCAGGGCAUUCAUGCUGAAACUGCAGUGUUAAGCUGAAAUUCUCUGGACUAUGAGCCUGAGAGAUGAAUCUGCCCUGCUGCGAUGCACAUGGCAGCGAAUGAGAAACUCUAUGAUGCUUUGGAUCUUCUUUUUUCUACAAACAGCAGAUAUUCUUGAAGCAUCUAAAGAAGCACAGUACAUCUGGAGAUCAGGUCAGUGGGGUCGAUGUAUUAGUGCAGAGUGUGGACCAAAUGGAGUGCAGAGUAGAACAGUGUGGUGUGUCCACGUUGAAGGCUGGACUACACACCAUUCCCACUGUAAGUAUGAAGAGAGACCGGCAAUUCAAAGAGACUGCUUCAAGGUGUGUGACUGGCAUAAGGAGAUUUUCGAGUGGGACUUAUCAAAGUGGGGUGACUGUGUACUCCGCGCAUCUCCAAAUAAAGCUAAACCCAGGACCUCCGCUUGUGUCACUGCGCAGCAAGGGCUGCAGCACAGGGACGUACACUGUGUACGAAAAUCCAACAGAUCACUGGUACUAGACGAGAUCUGUGAAUUCUUUACACCUAAGCCUGCUUCGGACCAAGCCUGCCUCAUUCCCUGCCCACAGGACUGUGUAGUGUCUGAGUUCUCUGCCUGGUCAGCUUGUAGCAAAGGUUGUGGGAAAGGAUUACAACAUCAGGUCCGUUCAGUGUUAUCACCGCCGUUGUAUGGUGGCAAAAGCUGCCCACCUCUAACAGAAACCAAGAGCUGUGAUAUACAAGUCUCCUGUCUGGUUGGGGAAGAUGAGUUUCAGUACAGUUUAAAGGUAGGUCCCUGGAGUGACUGCAGACUGCCACACCAAAGACAUGUCUGGCAAAGUGGUAAGCCAGGACUGAACUUUAGUUCACAACAUUUGGAGAAGAAUCAUAUGAAGCAUCUGAUCCACGAACAUUUCAAGCCAUGGGAUGUAAAAAUAGGAUAUCAAACCAGGCAUGUCCGCUGUACAAGAAGUGAUGGAAAAAAUGCAAUGCUCAGCCUGUGUACCCAUGGCAAUACCCCCACCAUCUUUCAAUCAUGUGUUAUGCCCAGAGAAUGUGGAGUUUCUGAAUGGUCUGAGUGGAGCUCAUGCUCUAAAACAUGUCAAUUACCUGGCAUGUCUCCCGGGUACAGAAGCAGGAAUCGAUUUAUAAAGCAUACAGCUGUAGGGGGUGGCAGUGAUUGUCCUGCUCUUGAGGAAAAAGUGACUUGCAAUAUUGGAGGCGAAGGAUUACCAAUAUGUCCAAGGUAUGUUUGGAAAACAACAGAUUGGAAUGAGUGCCAGGUGACUCCUCUACUCAGUCAACAGGACCGACGUCGAAGCAAUCAAUCAUCCUUGUGUGGAGGUGGCAUACAGAUGCGAGAAGCCUACUGUGCACAGAAAACAGAAGUUUACAACCAGGAUUUAAAAGAAGUGUCUAGACCAGUGGACCAUAGCCUGUGUACAGAUCCAACACCAGUUACCUCACAGCUUUGCAGCGUUGCCUGUCAAACUGAAUGCUUAGUUUCAGCCUGGUCUUCUUGGACACCCUGCAUGCUGGAGAACUGUCAAGAUACUCAUAAAAAUAGAGGUUUCAAAAUAAGAAGGCGGCAUGUCAUUGGAGAGCCCACUGCCAGUACUGGAAAAUGUCCACAUCUUACUGAAGCCAUUCAUUGUGAAGAUCCAGUUUGCUAUCAUUGGGAUCUUCUUGAAGAGAGUCUCUGUGUGGCAGACAAUAAUCAAACAUGUGGGCAAGGUUUUUUCAACCAAAGGAUUUUGUGCAAGAAUAAUCAAGAUGAAGUAGUAUCCGAUAAAUUGUGCAAGGAGUCCCCUGUUCCUAGUCGCAAGGCAUGUGAGGUGCCAUGUCCUACUGACUGUGUCCUCAGUGAAUGGUCUGAAUGGUCAGUCUGCUCACGCUCCUGUUCCAGCAAGAAUGCAGAAGGAAGGCAGAGCAGAACCAGAUCCAUUGUAGCAAUUGCUGGAGAAGGUGGAAAGCCAUGUCCGUCUAGCCAAGCUUUGCAAGAAUGGCGAUCCUGUAAUGUUCAUGGUUGCACAGUGUUUUACUGGGAGGCAUCACCAUGGGGUCCCUGCACAGAAGGUACGUUAGUGGCAGCCCUCAACACUACAGUCAAUUGGAAGGAUGAAGCCACCUGUUCUGUGGGCAUCCAAGUUCGACAAGUCCACUGUGUAAGGAACAAAUUUGGACCUGUUUCUCCAAAAAGGUGUCCUGAAGAUUCCCAGCCCAAAACUUUUCAGCCAUGCCUUUUGCCAUGCAAAGAGGAUUGCAUUGCCACCCCCUUCAGUGAAUGGACCUCUUGCCCUACCACAUGUCAACAAGGCAAUUCUUCUAAUGCUAAGCAGUCUCGCUACAGAAUUAUCAUCCAGAAGCCUGACAAUCAAGGGCAGGAAUGUCCAGAUACAUUGUAUGAAGAAAGAGAAUGUGAACCACUCUCUGUUUGUCCGAUCUAUAGAUGGAAAACACACAAAUGGCAUCACUGUAGUUUGGCUCCAGAUUAUGUCAGACAGAGAACGAUUGGAGCAACAGAGGCCUGUGGUUCUGGUUUGCAGUCCAGGGGUGUGAUCUGUAAAACAGGUGAUGACCAUCACUCAGAUAUUAUUGGAUGCUUGAAGUGGGCAAGUCCAAUGCCCCCCCUGGUGCAGAAGUGUCGGGUGCCAUGCCAUGAUGAUUGCAUAUUGACAAACUGGUCCAAGUUCAGCCCCUGUACAGCAGGUUGUGGAUCAAACCAUAGUCGAAGAAGAUCCCUUGUAGGAAAAAGCAAGCAAAGAGAGACUUGCCAGAAGCACCCACUCGUCGAAACCAAGCCUUGUCCAUGUGACAAAUAUAUCAGUCAGCCAUUGGGGAAUUGGUCAGAUUGUAUCCUUCUCGAAGACAAAGCAUCACUACAACUUGGCAUGAAGGUCCAAGGAGAUAUUAAAGUCUGCGGGCAGGGUGUACGAUAUCAGGCUAUAGCUUGCUAUGAUCAAGAGAAGAAGCUGGUGAAUCCUUGGCUUUGUGGCAAUUCUGGAUACGUUGAAGAAAUGUGUAGUGUGCCAUGUCCAUCUGACUGUAAGCUCAGCGAUUGGUCAAACUGGUCACCGUGCAGCAAAUCCUGUGGAAGCGGAAUACAGGUCAGAUCCAAGUGGUUACGGGAAAAGGCGUAUAAUGGAGGUCGUCCGUGCCUUAAACUAGAUGUGAAGAAUCAGGUGUAUGACAGAAUUCCCUGUUAUGGAGAUUGUAGUAAACAUAGCUGGGAAACUGAACCGUGGUCAGUUUGCAGGAUCAAUAACAGUGAGUCAAUACACAGCUGUGGAGAAGGUGUGCAGACAAGAAAAGUGAGAUGUGUGCGUAGCACAGUUGAUGGGCCUGGACAGGUUGUGGAAGAUGCUAUGUGUGAUUACAGUGAAAAGCCUGUUGGAGUCCAUCAAUGUUCCAUUUACUGUCCAGGUGACUGUGUUAUGUCUGACUGGGGCCAGUGGAGUUUAUGUCCAAAAGAAUGUAACAUCUUGAACACUCGAGUCCGAACUCGACAUCCUCUACGUCGACCGGUGGAUGGGAAAACCUGCCUUGAAACCUCUGAGGUGGAGCCCUGUGUUCUCAACAAGAACUGCUUUCAUUUUCACUACAACGUAACAGAAUGGAGCUCUUGCCAACUCAGUGAAAAUGCAGUCUGUGGACAAGGCGUGAGGCUCCGGUUGCUUGAUUGUGUGCGAAGCGAUGCAAAGCCAGUCAGCCUCAGAUACUGUGAGAAGAUGAGAUUGGAAUCACCCUGGCAUUUAUCUAUGCACUGCUUUGUGGAAUGCCCUGUAAACUGCCAGCUCUCAGAGUGGUCUUCCUGGUCUCCAUGUUCCCGCACUUGUGGACUUGCCGGCCAAAUGAAGCGUACUAGGCAUGUACUUCAAAAGACUCAUGGAGAAGGAAGACCCUGCUCUUCCCACCUAAUCCAGUAUCGACCUUGCCUUGUAAAGCCAUGCUAUAGUUGGGUCUUUGGUGAAUGGUCUGCAUGCAAAAUUGAGGGUGCACAGUGUGGAGAUGGAUUUAAAGUGCGUAAUGUAUCUUGUAAUGUUCAUGAUGGGACUCUCUCUGAAUCGGCAAAGGUGGUGGAGAAUGAGAAGUGUGGCAAUGAGGCAGCUGGAAUAAAUAAUAUUGAGAGAGGACUAAAAAUACCUUGUUCAGUGCCUUGUCCAGGUGACUGUCACCUGACCGAAUGGUCACUAUGGAGUUCAUGCCAGCUCAUCUGUUUGGAUGGGAAGAGAUUUGAAACAACCGGUCACCAAACCCGUUCCAGGGCUGUGAUUGUUCAGGCACUGGAAAAUCAGGAUAAUUGUCCUGAACAAAUAUGGGAAAGGCGGCCUUGUACAGGAGGAACUUGUCAUGAAUAUGAGUGGCGAUCAGGUCCCUGGAAUGGCAAUAAGCGCAGUGUGUGGUGUGUCCGAUCAGAUGGAGUAAACGUGACAGGAGGUUGUUCUCUUCUGAACCAGCCAACUGCCACCAGACACUGCAAUCCAUCCUGCUCUAAACCACACUCCUUCUGUACACAGAUGCACAGUGGAGAGAAUGCUGACUGGUUGCAUCACAGCGCACACACACAAAAUGCUGGAGGAGCUCAGCAGGCCAGGCAGCAUCUAUGGAAAAGAGUACAGUCGACGUUUCAGGCCGAGACCUUUCAUCAAGCCUGGAAGAAAAGAGGAGGAGUCAGAGGAGGUGUGUGUGGCUGUGAAAAAGGUUUCGUGGAAGUAAUGACUCCUUAUGGAUUUCUUGAUUACUGUGCUAAAAUCCCCUUGCCUGAGGAGAAGAAAGCUGAUGUUAAAAUCAACGUGGGAAAGAACAAACUGAGCAAUUCAAAAUUUCAGGCUUUUUUUAAAGGAUGGUCCAUUGAUCCUUUUGAUCCAGAUGGUAAGCCAAAGAUCUGGGUUUAUGGAAUAUCUGCCGCCGUAGGUGUCCUCAUUAUCUUCAUUGCUGUCCUGUCAUAUCUCAUCUGUAAAAAACCAAAACACCAGACUCGUCCAGCUCCCCAACAGAAGCCCCUGACUUUAGCCUAUGAUGGAGACAUGGACAUGUAAUGGCUUCAGGAGAAGGGACUUCACCUUUGUCCUGUUGAUAUGAAUAGGAUGACAGAAGCCUUAACCUUGUGACAGCACGAACACAAGUGAAAAAGACAAACCUCAAGACUGAUUUUGAGAAAUGUCUUACAGACCAAGAGAAGGGGAGAAAUACUCUCAGAAACUUUAACUGUGUUUUUAUAUUGAAAUGUGAAAGUCAGAAAGCCAAACCUAAGUGAAAAUGAUUAUAGAAUUGUAUUCAUUCCUUAACGUGUUUAGUUUAUGAACUGAAUUUCAAGACCGGCUAAAAAGCAUUCCUUGUUCAAUUUUCAUAUAACAGCUGAAGGAAUAAAUUGUAUAGAAUUUCCAGUACAAAUUUACGAUGACAAUCCAAAUGAAACAAUAUUGCAUUUACAAUCUGCUAUCUGUAAAUGCAUUCCUGAAGAUAUCACAUUGCUCUAAAUGAAAAGAGACUUUUGAACAUACUGUGGAACUGCACUAUAUUAGUGUAACAUGAUUUCUUGCAUUUAUUGAACAAACAAAAAUCUAGUAUGUACAGUGUAUGUGUCAAGGAUUUCAAUUUCACACAAAGUUUGUUCUUUUCAAGUAACUUACUCUGAAAGAGAAAAGUACUAGGCUUUAUCAGAAAUGAGAUGCAAAAAAAAGUUAGGUCGAGGAUCUUUAAUGAAUAUUUUGUAAUGCAUGUCUUUUCUGCUAUGAGAAAAGACCCAAUAUUUAACUAGAAAUUGAAGUGCUCCUGAGAGAAUAACAAGAAUCCUCAGUAGGAGAAGCUGUUUUUUUUUCUCCCCAAUUACAAUGAUAGGUGGUUGACAUACUUCUGGCAUUGGUUCCAUUUCCAAGUCUUGUGAUCCUUAAGAUGUGAUCAGCCAAGUGUAAAUAUUAUGUAUUGGCUCUAGACUGAAUGGUAGAGCUCACCGAGUGAUUUAUUAUUUUUUUCACUGAUUUUCUAUUAGAUAAGCCAGUGUUUACCAUUCACAUUGUACAUCGAAGAUGGAGUGAGCCAGUAAAUAAUGAUGUUUAUUUUAUUCUGGAAGUUUUAUGACAAACUGAAAUAACUUUGUGCAGAAGGUUGGUAUCUUCAUGCUUCAUUGCAGUUGGAACACAAAUUGGUUAAUUUAAAUUUGGUUUGACGAUUUUGAACAGCUGCCUGGAAAACAAUUAUUUCAUUACUACCGACGCUGUACCAUUCAUACAAAAGAUGUUAUCAAAGCUUUUCCUAAUCUUCAUUUGUGAGCCUCAAGAGAACAGUCUUAACAGCUGGUAAACCGUGUUGUGUUAUUUUGGAAUGUAUUCAUUGGGAACAGAUUCAGUGUAUUUUCUUGAAAAUAAACCAGAGAGCA